AGUGACAGCCUUGGGGACACCCUGGGCUUGGGGACACCCUGACCACCCUUGGGGACACUCUGAUGACAGUGCCACCCCAGCCAUGAGGACACCGUGGUGACAAUGACGCCCUUGGGGACACCACAGUGACAGUGGCACCCUGGAGAUCACCCUGGGGACAUCCCAGCCUUGGGGACAGGGACACCGUGGUGACAGUGCCACCCUGGGCUUGGGGACACCGCCCUGGGGACAGCACGGUGACAGUGAUACCCUUGGGGACACCCUGGUGACAAUGACACCCUGGAGAUCACCCUGGGGACACCCCGGCCUUGGGGACACCGUGGUGACAGUGGCACUGCCACCCCCGGGUUGGGGACAGUGCCCUGGUGCCACCUCCGCUGGGACGGGGGGAGGGGACACCGGGGCCACUUCCUGUCCCCCCCUUGUCCCCUGCGGGCGUUAUCAGCGGGGACAGGCCUGGGGACACAAUUGGGGACACGGCUGGGGACAUUGGGGACAUUGGGGACAUUGUUGGGGACACUGGGGACACUCUUGGGGACAUUGGGGACACAGUUGGGGACAAUGUACGGGAACGUGGAGACGGCGCUGGACACGGCCUGGGCAGCCGGGGAAGGCUGUCCCCACCCCGCCCCCGACGAGGACCCCUACGAGCCCCUGGACCCCUCCCCCCCCGCGGGGCCCCCCAAGGCGCGCCCCUCCCCCGCCCCGGGGACCCCCGGGGUGACCCCGCGGGUGGCACCGAGGGUGGCCCUGGUGGCCCUGGUGGCCCUGGUGGCCCUGGUGGCCCUGGCGGUGACGCUGCUGCUGCUGCUGGGGACGCUCGGGGCGCGGCGCAUCUCAGACCUGGAGGCCGCCCUGGAAGAGGAGAAGGAGAAGAAGCCGCCACCAGCGGCGGCCUCCACGUCCUUCCUGCUCUACAACUGGGACCGCUCCGGUUGUGUGGUGGCCACUGGGCAGCUCCUGGUGGCCAUUGGGCAACUCCUGGUGGCCCCUGCCUCCAUGUCCUUCCUGCUCUACAACUGGGACCACUCCCCCUGUGUGGUGGCCACUGGGCAGCUCCUGGUGGCCCCUGGUCAAAUUCUGGUGGCCACCAGACACCUUCCAGUGGCCACCACGUGUCCCCCUGUCCCCACAGUGUCCACCUCCUUCCUGCUCUACAUUGGCCACUGCAUGGUGGCCACUGGGCAGUCCUGUGUCUGGCUCCUUCCUUCUCUACAUUGGCCACUAACUGGUGACCACUGGGCAGCUCUUGGUGGCCACUGGGCAGCUCUUGGUGGCCACUGGGCAGCUCCUGGUGGCCACCACCAUGUCCCCAACCCCUUCCAUGUCCUUGUCCCCACAGCCUCCACGUCCUUCCUGCUCUACAACUGGGACCGCUCGGGCUGCGUGGUGGCCGUGGGCAAGUGGCUCUCGCUGGCGCGCUGCGCGCCCUCGUCCCCGUCGCAGCGCUUCCAGUGGCUGCCGGGCGGCCUCCUGCGCCACGCGGCCAGCGGCGGCUGCGCCGAGGCCGCGGCGGAGGCCGCGGGCGCGCUGGUGCGGCUGCAGCCGUGCCGGGAGCAGCAGCGGCUGCAGCGCUGGGGCUGCGGCCGCGGCGCGCUGCUGGCGCUGGCCGGCACCGCGCUGCACUUCAACGUGGGCCACGAGCGCCACGAGCGCGUCGUGCUCUGGCCGGGCACCGGCAACUGGAGCCGCUGGCUGGCGCACGGCUCCCGGCGCGACCUCUGCUCCCGCGCCUAUUUCCUGCCCUGCUCCCCUGGUUGGGUUUUUUUUCCGCAAUUCCUGUUAUUUCUUCUCCGACUUCGCCGCUUCCUGGGAGAAUUCCAGAACUUUCUGCUGGGCCCUUGGGCUCGCAGCUGCUCGAGGUCGACGACGCCGAGGAGAAGCUCCUGGUGCAGGCCCAGCUCCGGGGCCCGUCCUGGCUCGGGAUCCGCGACAGCGACAAGGAGGGGGACCUGGGCCCGCAGAACGGCUCCGCCCUGGGCCCAGAGAGCAGAAUUCAACCCAAAAUCCCCCGAAUUCAACCCAAAAUCCUGA